CAACAAUGGUGAGAUUUUCUAUAUCGCUCUAGACACAUAGCAACAUCUUUUUGAAAGCCUUAUAUGCAAUGGAAGAUUAUGGACUUUCAGCGCGAGGUACAGCAAAUGUUGCGGCCAUAUUUCCAAAAAUCAGCAACGCCAUUGCGGAGCGCGAGGAAACCCCUUACAUCGACAUGGGAACAUCUGAAAAUUGGCUUCUCCGAAAUGAGCUUGUGCAGUUUUACAAGAGGGCCGUGGGAGACAGUUUCUCUGCUAGGCACCUAUCGUACUCUACCGGAUUUGCAGGUGAUCCAGACCUAUUGGAGGCACUAGCACAAUUCUUCAACACUUACUUCAAGCCGUGCAUUCCCGUACAAAAAGAGGACCUUGCGACCGCCCCUGGCGCGGCCUAUUCGCUGGACGGCUUGCUUUACAACAUCUGUGAACCGGGAGACGGUUUAUUGAUACCGACUCCCUGUUGGAACGGCUUUGACUGGCUACUUAAUGUUAGGUCUGGGGUCCAACCGGUCUUCACCCCACUGGAAAGCUUCGACGAUGCCUUCGCUCCAAAGUUGGUACAAAUAUUGGAAAAAUCCAUUUAUGAAUCUCCCCACCCAGUCAAAGGAUUACUCCUUACGAACCCGCACAAUCCGUUUGGCAAGUGCUACCCAAAGAGCCUCAUUAUAGAAAUCCUGAGAUUCUGUAGCAAACACAGGAUACAUUUUAUUUCGGAUGAAAUAUAUGCCCUGUCUCGAUUUUCGAGUCCGGAUAUACUUACCCCAGAACCGUUUGUAUCGGCAUUACAGCUGGAUGUGGCAGCUUUGGGCUGUGACCUGUCACUUGUUCAUACGAUUUGGAGCGUAAGCAAAGACCUGGGUUCUAGUGGUCUUCGAAUGGGAUGCUGCAUCAGCCAACGAAACAAGCCUCUCGUAACCGGGUUGGCAUUGGUCUCAAAUACUCAGCUGUCAUCCCUAACAGCUAUUGCAGUUACCCAUCUUCUAACAUCACAGGAGCUUCCAGGCCUCUUAGCACUGAAUUCUCAACGCCUAGCCGAUGCAUAUGCAAAGGUGACCUCGAUGUUGAAAAGGCGCGGCAUCCAGUACAUCCCAGCGAACAUGGGCCCAUUCCUGUUCGCAAGGCUAGCCUGUUAUGCUAGUCAGGACGAUGAGGAAGCAGAGUUUGUUAUAAGGUGCAAAGCUGCCGGGGUUAAUAUCUCUGCAGGAAAAGGAUACCAUGUUCCUGAGGGCGAGAAAGGCUGGGCGAGAAUCAACUUCGCACUUCAAGAAGAUCAGCUAGCUGAAGGGCUCCAGAGACUUGCUGUUGUACUAGAUCAUUCAUUGAAAACUCAUGGGAGAGAGACAAAUGUGCUUCUAGGAUGAAAUAUAC